AUGUCGUCCAGCGUCCAGCAAUCACAGCCAGCAGUGGGCGAGUGGCACGUCCUCGAAGAGCGCACCACCAACGCGUCCAACUCUGUCCACGGCACACUCGACAAGAUGUCCGACACUAUUGAGCGCGGCUCGGUCGCCGAGUUCUCCCACCUCUCAUACGAAAUCAAGACUAAAAAAGAAGGCGCGCUACGCCUGCUCGACAAUGUCAGCGUCCGCGUCCGCCAAGGCGAGAUGCUUGCUAUUCUCGGCCCCUCGGGCGCAGGCAAGUCGACGCUCCUUGACGUCAUGUCAUGCAGGAAGAAACCCCUCGACGGCGCCGAGAUCCUCCUCAACGGGCGCUCGCUCAACGCCGAGACCAUGGCCGACGUCGCGUCCGUCGUCGAGCAGGAGGAUGACCACUACGGCGUGUUGACUGUCCGCGAGACGAUCGCGUACGCCGCCCGCCUCAGCACGAGCGGGUUCUCCAAGGCGCAGAUUGACCACCGCGUCGACGAAAUCAUCACCGCUCUCGGCCUGCAGUCGUGCGCUGGUGUCAAGAUCGGCACCCCCAUCCAGCGUGGCGUCUCGGGCGGCCAGAAGCGUCGAGUGACAGUCGGCACUGGCCUCGUCACGUACCCGCGUAUACUCUUCCUCGACGAGCCGACCUCUGGCCUCGACUCGUUCUCUGCGCGCGAGGUCAUGGCGUCCAUCCAGCGUAUCGCCCGCAAGGAGGGCAUCAUUGUCGUCGCGACGAUCCACGCGCCGUCGAUCGACACGCUCCAGCUCUUUGACCAGAUGAUGAUCCUCGCAAAGGGCAAGGUCGCGUUCCAGGGCUCACUCGAGGCCGCCGCCGUCCGCUGCGCAGAGGUCGGCCGCCCGAUCCCGGAAUACACCAACCCGUCCGACCAUCUGCUGCACCUCGUGUCGACCGACUUUGGCGACGACAAGUCGGCCGUCCUCGACGCGCUGUAUGCCGCGCAGGAUCGCGAGGCCGUGGCCACCCGCACCGCCGAGGGCAAGGAUGACGGGCAGGCUCUGGAGCGCCACCACAUGGACCGCAAGUCGUUCGGCCACCACCUCAAGGUCAUUGGCGUGCUUAGUGAGCGCAACGUUGUCAACUACUCGCGCAACUUGCUCGCGUACGGCGUCCGUAUGGGCAUGUACCUCGGCAUGGGCUUCCUCCUCGCCACAAUCUGGAUCAGGCUCGGGCUGAGCGACUCCAAGAUCAACGACAGGUUGUCGGUUCACUUCUUCUCAGUCGCGUUUCUGGCUUUUAUGAGUGUCGCCGGUAUCCCAGCCUUCCUCGAGGAGCGCUCGGUCUUCCUCCGCGAGAGAAAGAAUGGCCUUUACGGCCCGCUCCCCUUCGUCAUCGCCAACACGCUCAUCACCAUCCCGUUCCUCUUUGCGUGCGCGCUGCUGUUCGCGGUCAUGGUGUACUGGUCCAUUGGGCUUCACCCCGGCGCGGGCAAGUUCUUCCAGUUCCUAGCGUACCUAUUCCUCGCGCUACUCGCCGCCGAGACUCAGUCGGUCCUCGUCGCGGCGCUCGUGCCAAUCUUCAUCGCGGCGCUGGCCCUCGCGGCCUUUAUGAACGGCUUCUGGAUGUGUGUCCAGGGUUACUUUAUCCGCGGCCGCUCCCUGCCCCGCUUCUGGUACUACUCGUUCCACUUUAUGGACUACCAAACCUAUGCGUUCGAGCUCCUCGCCAAGAAUGACCUCAAGGGCCUGCUGUUCAAUUGCAACUCGGCCAAGCUGCCCUCGGGCGACUGCAUGUGUACUUACCCCGCCUCUAACGCCACCAUUGCCCAGUACGGCCAGUGCGUCGUCUCGGGACAGGACGUCCUCGACUACCUCGAGUUUGGAGGCAUCCUGAUGGGCGCGUAUGCUGGUAUCCUCAUCGGCAUCGUUGUCAUCUACCGUGUCGCUCUCUACGUCAUCCUCUACUUCCGCCGCUAG